AUGGUGCAUCGGCUUAUUUUCUGGACUGGCUUCGGCGUCGUUGCGCGCGCGCUGCAGCUGAGCAUUGAGAUGCGGCCCCUCUUCCACAAGGGCUCGCUGUGGGCGUACCCCGUGUUUGGGGCGACGGGCGCGGGCUUCGGCUACUGGCUGCAGGGCGUGGACGACCGGCAGACGGCGGUGCUGGCGGCACGGAAAGAGGCGAUUCUCGAGAAGCGGGCACGGCGGGCGGCAGAGCAGGCGGCUGCCACGGCAUGA